UAGACACACUAGAAGAAACUUUCUUUUAAUGAAGUAAGCAUUCAUUAAUCUGUUAUCCAUCAUCAGUACUGUACAGUAGUGUGUGUUGUCUGUGUUCUGAAAUCUGAACUGAACUGAACUGAACUUCAACUCACUACCAAAAAUAAAAAAUGUUCCAUCAACAAACCUUCAUCACCAUCUUCAUCUUCUUCUUCUUCUUCACGCUGUUAUUACUACAAUUCACCACACCAACCACACCACCACCACCAGAUUACCCAUGCAAACCACCACACCAUUCUCACCACCCAUUCUGCAACCCAACUCUCUCCAUCUCAACAAGAGCAACCUCUCUCAUCUCUCUCCUAACUCUCUCCGAAAAAAUCAACCAACUCUCCAACAACGCUUCCUCAAUUCCCCACCUCGGCAUCCCAUCAUACCAAUGGUGGUCAGAGUCUCUCCACGGCAUCGCAACCAAUGGUCCUGGCGUUAACUUUAACGGUUCAGUUAAAUCCGCAACUGAUUUCCCUCAAGUUAUUGUUUCCGCUUCGAGUUUUAACCGUUCGCUUUGGUUUCUUAUUGGAUCUGCUCUGGGUGUUGAGGGUAGAGCUAUGUAUAAUGUUGGUCAAGCUGGGUUGACUUUUUGGGCUCCUAAUGUUAAUGUUUUUAGGGAUCCUAGAUGGGGGAGAGGACAAGAAACUCCUGGAGAAGAUCCUAUGGUUGUUUCUGCUUAUGCUGUUGAGUUUGUUAGAGGGAUUCAAGGUGGUGAUGGAAUCAAAAAUGUGUUCAAUGAUGAUCAUGAUGGUCUUAUGGUUUCUGCUUGUUGUAAACAUUUUACUGCUUAUGAUUUGGAGAAAUGGGGAGAGUUCUCUAGGUAUAAUUUCAAUGCUGUGGUAUCACAACAAGAUUUAGAAGACACUUACCAGCCACCAUUUCGUGGUUGUGUUCAACAAGGGAAAGCGAGCUGCUUGAUGUGUUCUUACAAUGCAGUUAACGGUGUUCCUGCUUGUGCUAGUGAGGAUCUUUUGGGACUGGUUAGAAACAAGUGGGGAUUUGAAGGGUACAUUACCUCAGACUGUGAUGCUGUGGCUACUGUUUAUGAGUAUCAACAUUAUGCAAAAUCUCCGGAGGAGGCUGUUGCUGAUGUUCUCAAAGCGGGUGUGGAUAUUAAUUGUGGAACGUACAUGCUUCGACACACUGAAUCUGCCGUUAAACAAGGAAUGGUGAAGGAGGACAAUUUAAAUAGAGCUCUUUUCAACCUUUUCUCUGUUCAAAUGCGCCUUGGACUGUUUAAUGGUGAUCCAAAAAAGGGCAAAUUUGGCAAACUAGGACCUAAGGAUGUUUGCACACCGGAGCACAAAAAACUAGCACUUGAAGCUGCGAGGCAGGGAAUGGUACUACUCAAGAAUGACAACAAGUUCCUUCCCUUGGAUAGGAAUAGUGGUAUCUCCCUAGCUAUCAUUGGCCCAAUGGCAACUACAACAAAAUUAGGCGGUGGUUAUUCAGGAAUUCCUUGCUCCCCUAAAAGCUUAUACGAGGGACUAAAAGAAUAUGCAAAGACUAUAUCCUAUGCUUUUGGUUGCCAUGAUGUACAAUGUGACUCUGAAGACGGUUUUGCUUUGGCUAUUGACAUUGCAAAAGAAGCAGACUUUGUUGUGAUAGUUGCCGGGCUUAGUACAAUACAAGAGACAGAGGAUCUUGAUCGAGUUAGUCUUCUUUUACCUGGUAAACAAAUGGACCUUGUAUCGCGUGUUGCUUCUGCUAGUAAAAGACCGGUCAUUCUAGUUCUUACUGGUGGAGGACCCCUUGAUGUCUCCUUCGCUGAAACAAAUCAACUAAUCGCAAGUAUUCUUUGGGUGGGUUACCCUGGUGAAGCUGGCGGAAAAGCACUAGCUGAAAUUAUCUUUGGAGAGUUCAAUCCAGCUGGAAGGCUUCCGAUGACUUGGUACCCCGAGUCAUUUACCAAUGUUCCCAUGAACGAUAUGGGAAUGCGAGCUGAUCCUUCACGUGGUUAUCCCGGAAGGACUUACCGAUUUUAUACUGGAAGUAGAAUAUAUGGAUUCGGGCAUGGCUUAAGUUACAGUGAUUUCUCAUACAAGUUAUUGUCAGCUCCGAGUAAACUUAGUUUGUCUAGAAUCACCGAAGGUGGUUUGAGAAAACGUUUAUUAAAUAAUGUAGAGAAAGAGGUGUACGAAGUAGAUCAUGUUCGUGUCGAUGAGUUACAAAACUGUAACUCAUUGAGCUUCUUAGUGAAUAUUUCUGUGAUGAACCAUGGUGAUUUGGAUGGAAAUCACGUAGUGAUGUUGUUCUCUAAAUGGCCUAAAGUUAUAAGAGGUUCUCCAGAAACUCAGCUUGUUGGAUUCAGUCGUCUGCAUACGAUUUCAAACAAAUCUAUUGAAACAAGCAUUUUGGUUGAUCCUUGUGAACAUUUGAGCUUUGCAGAUGAACAAGGAAAAAGGAUAUUGCCCUUGGGACACCACAUUUUGAAUGUAGGGGAUGUAGAGCACACUGUUUCUAUUGAAAUUUUUUGAUUAUUGAUGGCUUGUAAAAUGUCAUCUGUGUAAUUCGAUUCCUUGAUGAGUUGACAUUUUACUAAAAAUAUAAUCAAAUGUAUGUUGUAAAAUUAAAAUUAAUUUAUAUGUUUUCACAUA